AUGGAGCCAGCUCCGGAACCUGCCGUCUCUUCGGUGCCGAAGCGGAAGCUCGAUUGCCGGGUCGCGGCAUUCUGUUGUGUGCUUCUGUGUCUUUGCAAUCCUUCGACUCUUGCGUUUAUGUGGAGUGCCCGAGGUGUAAGAGCUCAGGUUGCCACUGUUGAAAAAGUGAGCACAGAAGGGGUUCAAAGCGUAGAAUCGCCUGUCGUGAUAGUUACCGGAGCCUCCAGGGGUAUUGGUAAAGCCAUGGCAUUAUCACUGGAUAAAGCAGGUUGCAAGGUUAAUGCUAUUGCUCCUGGGUUCAUUGCAUCUGAUAUGACUGCCAAACUUGGGGAAGAAGUUGAAAAGAAAAUCUUGGAGACAAUUCCGUUAGGAAGGUACGGAAAGCCAGAAGAAGUUGCUGGACUGGUGGAAUUUCUUGCCAUCAACCCUGCAGCCAGCUACAUUACGGGACAGGUCUUCACGAUAGAUGGUGGAAUGGUCAUGUAG